AGAAUUUUUAAGAUAUAUUUUAGUUUAUUAGGAAUUGAAUAGAAUGGAUGAAGUGCAAAGCCGUUUAAAGCAGCUUAAUGAGAUUGAAAAGAAAAUUUCAAGUUUAUUAAGAGAAGGAGGAUUAGCCAUUGAAAUAAUUGUUAAGAAAUCUACAACAAAAGAAGAAGAAUCAUUAUUAAAAGAUGCAUUUCAGUCUCAUGUUGAAAAAUAUAUGGAGUUAUUGGAGGAUGUUUCAGUUCAGCUUAGAAAUCAAGUAAAAGCAUUGGAAGAAGCCCAAGUUCCUAUUAAUACAAUUCCUAAAUUGCAAGAUUUUGCUAAAGAAAAAAACAUAGAGCACUGGAAAAAAGUAGAAAUGUUUUUGAAAAAAUUACAAGUUGAACAGAAAGAAAUAUAAGAUAUAUUAGUAUUUUUUAUUUAUAUUACUACCUGUGUUUUUUUU